UUUAACAGUUCCUUCUAGAACAUUUUUUUCACUUAGAUUUGUGCUACAUUUGGUAUCCCAUAUAGUUUUAUUUACAUUUAUAAGAGUCAUCUUUCGUGAUUCUGAAUUUAUUUACAUUUUUCAUAGACGCUGAACCUAUAACUUUUUAAAAAUAAACGCCGUCCGAAUCACAUACACAAAUUCGGGAAAACAUUUCUCGCAUGCAAUUUGGUAGUCGACACGUUGCAAUAUUUAGCGUAACUAAAACUCUCUAUUUUUAGUCAUUAUCUAAUCUCAGUAACAACAACAUAACCUUACUAACAGCUGUCAAAUUUAAGAAUAAACCACAAUGGAAAUGUUUAAAAAUAUAGAAAAUGCUUUGCAACAGCAGAAAAAAAUAGUUUAAACAUGGAAAAUAAUGUAGAAAUGGAAUUAAAGUACCAAAAAUUAGCCGGGGAAUAUGCAAAAGUAAGAUCGCAAGCAUCGGUUUUGAAAAAAGCAGUUCUAGAUGAACAAGCAAAAAAUACUCAACUUACAGAAAGCCUUCGCAAGUAUGAACAAUCCAUGCGUAAACAUGAUCAAGAAAUGGAAAGCUUAACUUUUCGAAAUGAACAGCUAACUAAACGCAUAUUGGUGCUUCAACAAGAGCUGCAUGUAAGCAGUGAUGGUAGAAAAGGAAAACAGAAAAAUUUAGAUCACCUACGGGUAGACGAUACUAGCGUUUUGAAUGAAGAACUUCAAAAAAAGAUAAUAGAGAAUGCACAAUUAUUAAGUGAUGUUUCGGACAAGGAGAUAGAAAUAAGAAAUUAUAAAGAAAAAAUAAUUUGGCAGGAAGAUAAACUGACAAAUUUUGAAGAACAGCUGGCUGCCAAGGAAGAAAUAUAUAAAGAAAAUAUAGACAAACUUCAAAAUGAAAAGGAUGCCUUGAUGAACAAGUAUCAUGAAUUAUCAAAGACCAAGAUGACUCAAAAUUUUGAGCAAAUUUCUAUCUGUGAUAUUGAAGAAAAUAUGUGUCUGAAAAAUGAACUAGAAAAAUUGAGAUCAGAAUGUGAAGUUUUAAGAUCAAAACCAUCUUCUAAAGAACAACUAACAAGCUAUUAUGAAUGUCAAAUAAGAGAUAUUUUAGAAUCCAAAGCUUUAGCCCAGUCAGAAACAAAAUCUUUGUUGGCAGAAAAUCAAGCUUUGAAAUCAAGAUUAGAAAAUUUCAUUUUGGAAUAUACAGACCUCCAAAAUAAUUUGGAGAAAAGUUAUGAGGAAUUAGUGACCACCAAUGAAAACUAUAAAAGUCAGCUUGAUGCUAUGACUGAACAUUUGGCGGCACAGAAUGAAAAAAUUACCCAACAGUGUGAUGAAAUUCAAAUACUAAAACAUAAAUUGUCUGGUAAAAAAUAAACGGGGAGGAACAUUCCGUCAUAUCAGUUUUCAUUCCUAACAAUGUUUAUUUUAGUGUUGAGUGAAUAUGCUAGCAUAUAAUGCAUUAAUUUUAUUGACUUAGGCUAGUAUAAGAUUUGCACAUCAUUUUGUGUGUUGGUUUUUAUUAAACCAGAUUAUCAUUCAAACGUGCAAAUUCUAAUUGAUUUGUAAUUCCAGGUAUGGUAUAGGUAUGACUGACUUGCUGGCUCUUUUUAAUAGUUGUCUAAGAAUUUUUGCAGAAGUUAUUCGUGUAAGAAUUAUCAAAUAAUACUAUUGGACCAUUAAACUUAACACAUUUAUUCAAAACUAAAGCAAAUAUGAAUGAAUACCAUAAUUCUAGUCUAAAUUAUUUCACUUGUAACUGUAUCAAAUUUUAAAGUCGAAAUUUAGGCAUGUUUUAGUCAUGUACUGAAAACACAACUACUAUUGUCUUUGUAAUUAUGUUAUAAUAACCUAUAUUUUUUAGCAGUUAAUGUAAAAUGCAAUAAACAAGUAAAUCUGAUAUAUAACUGAUUGAAAAGUUUCGUUUAAUAAGUGAAACAAUUUUUUGACAUUUAACAUUGGCACAAAAAGCGCUCAUGGAUACAUAUAUUUGCUUACUUUUGGUUGGUUCUGGUCAUUCUAUUUGUUGCCUUGAUGUAUCACAGGCAAACAAGUGUUAAGUAAAAAAUUCAAUCAUUUGGACUUAAUUGUAUAUGAAGUUUCUAUUUAUCACGUAGAGAUAUUAUGUAUGUGCCCCUAUAUAUUGGCUCUAUAAAUCAGUUUU